UUUACAAAAACUUCGCUUCGAGUACUCUGUUAAAUAAACAAUUUUAGGGAAUAAUAGAAAGAAUGCAAGAAAAUGUGCAAGUGCAUCGCAGAUCUAAUUGACAAGCAGCACGGGGUCACAAUGUAGCAACGUUCUGCUUUCUCCAGGUGAACCACACAUAAAAUAUAAAUUUCCACUUGCACAUGCAUUGCAUCUUCGCGGAAGGCUGUUCCCCAUCGGCUUCGGCAUUAUGCGAGAUGCUGAUGCUCCUGAACCACAGCCAAGUAGCAGUGGCGGGUUGCUGGAUGAGGAAGGGUGCAACGGCCAGCACCAGAAAGGUGAGGUGGACGAAAACGCCAACUGCACCAUCUGUGGGGCCGCAAAAUCGUCCGCCCUGCUGGACCUCAGGUCCAAUCAGGUAAUGCAGCGCCGCCUCAGUCGGGACUGGAAGAUGCAGGCCGAUGUAAUCCGAUCUACACUGAAAGCCAUAUGCGUAGAGUGCGUUUGCAAGUUGAACAUGCACUCGGAGGUCACGCGCUCUCUGAUGCAGCGGAUGCAACGGCUGCAACAUGAAGGAAGCGGCCCGUCCACCGUGACGACGACUACGGUUACGCCCACACAACUCAGUCCUCCCAUAGCGGAUGCCGAGGUGUCCACUACUCUAGUAGAUUUGCAGGAAGUCCAAAUGCCAGCCACUGACCAAAGCGGUCGCAGCUCACGGUCCUCUUGCUCCGUACUAGAAGCCUACGCUGCUCAGCCACCUGAAUCUCCUUCUGCGACCGAGUCGGGCGGCACUCGCAACAACAGUGUAAAUGCCCAGGACGGCUGGAAGUGGCGCACACGGCUGGUCUGUCAACACUGUGGGCGAGCCUACUUCCGCAAAGACUAUUUUACUGUGCACUCACGCCGGUGCAGGUCGCAACGUCGUCUGCCCAAGGCUAGGUGUCGUGUUCUCAAUGAAGCCGGCAGUGAUGAAGACACUGUGUCGCCUCGUUCGCUGCAGCCGUCCUUGCGCCCCACUCGCACCUUUCACUGCCGCCACUGCGAAGAGGAGUUUUUUACAGUAAUAAGCCUACGCCAGCACCAGCGCAAUACCCAUCAAACCCGGCAUCCGUGCAGUCUGUGCGAGGCGGCGUUCGACACCAAGUACGAGUGGGAGCUGCACCACACAAUUUGCAGUGCCAGGCAUGAGGCUCUAAAAAUCCACCAUAUGGAUGAGACAACGCACAAGGGAAGGGCACGGUCAACACGUUCGCGUUCGCGGGCAUGUUCUGAAGAUUGGAAUAAGUACACUACCAACGUCCAAGUAGACUACGAUGACAGCGAAUGUGAAGAGCAGGAGCUGGAAGAAAAUGAACAUGAUGACCAGGUGGAUACCAUGUACACACGGAGAAUGAACUUCACGGGUGACUGGAUUGUAAACCACAGUCGAAGCAACAGCAACAGUGCUCUCAACCUGUCCCGGCUGUACGAUAACUACGUGCUGGAGGAGUCGCACAUAAGAACAGACAAGGAGUACGAUCUACACAUGCUUGAUUUGCUGAAGGCGCAAGUUCAGCUGAAUGAAUUUUCCUGCUUCACCUGUGGCUAUCAGACGGAUUCGCUAAGUGCGUUGAUGAAACACGACUACAUGCGUCAUUGGAAGAUGAGCUGGUUCUACUGCCAAAAGUGCGGGGACGUUUUCACCAGCAAAGUCUUCCUCGACUACCAUCUGCAUAGGCAGAACCGCGGCGUGUAUAUUUGCCACAAGUGUCAGGACGAGUUCGAUUACCAGAAUCAACUGGACUGUCAUCUGGUUCUCCACAACAAGGGUAUCAACUACCAGUGCAACUUCUGCCGCCUGGCGUUCCUUAGUGAAGCCAAGCUACUGGCCCACUGCGCCCGUUGCGGACACAGUCCCAAUGACGACCCACCGCUCAUCCGGAUCGAGCGCGCCAUUUCAAUCAGCAAUUACCCGCCCGGCCCUGAAAUCAGUCACCAAAAGUGGGAGUACGAGGAACGAGAGCUGCUCCUGCCCGGAGACCCCAUGCCAUCCAGCAGGCCUAUGCACUUACCCAAUCAUAAGCCCUUCCGAUUCGCCAUUGGAAUCUGCGAUUUCGAAAACCGCAACCAGCCCAAUUGUGCGGGCUGUCAGUAAUUUAAGUGGAAAUUUAGUAAACAAUUUAGAAGGGCCAAAUCGUUUACCAAGACUUGUACCUCAGUGUUUUGCAAUAUUAGCGUCUAGCUAGAUAGAUAAUCUUGUGUGUAUUGUAUUCGUUUUAGUCCGAUUCAAACCCCAAUUCCCAAUCCCAAUGAACCAGAUCCAGACUGGGAGGAACUAAAACCAUGUGUGUGUAUUUUUGUAACAGAUUAUUGUAAUAAAGAUAAACUCCAGACUGAA